UGGGGUGUUUAAUGAAAACAUGGAUUUCCAAAUACUAUACAAAUACAUCUGUCAGUUUUGUCUCGUGCAGAUCGUCUGGGGUUUAGACUCGGUGAAACUCCUGAAUCCUCCAGAUGAGCCUCUGUCAGAUCAUCUUUUGAAAAUACUUUACUCUUGUGAUGCUCCUGCCACAGUACAGCUGGACUGUAUUGUAUCUUUCGAAACUGGCAUCACUUCCACACUCCAGCUGAAAAAAUGGAGCUGUGUCCCCGGUGACCCUGAAAUAAAGACCCUGGUGGUGAACUUUCCGGAUUGGCUGGUGUAUCAACCUGAUGGGAUUAUCCCUGACUCCCAGUGGGUGCUGAGUUGCAUCCUUCUGGUGUCAGUCAGAUACAGUGGACUUGAUGACAGCGAAGGGUCUGUCACUGCUCAGAAUUUGGCAACUUUGCAGCCUAAAGCUUUCUUUAGUCGACCUGUAAAGCAGCAUCAACUGUGCUUCUCCUGGAGUACACAAAUGCUGAAGUUAACUCAACAGUCUGCAAAGAAACAAUGCCCUUUGGAGCAAGAAACAGUGCAUUUCCUGCCUUCGAUGUAUGCUUCAACUGGAGAAAGCUUCGGUAUCACGAAGACACUGGACUCUUACAGCAGUGAGUUUCUGGAGUACUUGCGUGUUAAAGCCAUCCCUCUUCCAUGGUGUAUGUUUUCCAUCUGGGUAUUUGUGACCAGUAACUGCCAGGACAGAUUGUGUGGUGUGUUUUAUCACAUAGACUCCCAUCUAAACUAUGUUACACCAACACUGUUCCUCAAAGAAUCAGGACAGCUACACGUCCAGAUGGAUGGAGAGGCAGAGGAAUCCUCCGCAUUUGUUUCUCAAUUCAAGGUGCCUUUGAAUGAGUGGUGCCAAAUCAGUGUGAUGUUGCAUGGUAGAGCGGUUACUCUGUCCAUGGUGUGCAUGGAUAAAGAGCAGAGGACAGUUUAUUCACAAGAAUAUGUGAUGGGUCAUGCUGUCGUGCUCGAUGACACAGAGGGAUAUUUUGUGAUUGGUGGAGGGAAAUACAUAAGAGGUGUGGAGGGUUAUUUUGGGCCAGUGAUUUACCACCGCAACAGAAUACCACCGUACAGCAUGUCUGAAGUUGUUAUUCCAGAUGUUAUCAGGGCCUUGAACCUGACUGGAUGGCUGCAGACCUGUCAACGAUUUCGUCUCGAGAUGGAUGUUAAAAUCAUUGGCUAUUCUUUCAGGGCUGAACAGGAGAAAGAGUCUGACACCUGUUUUGAUGCUUUACAUGAAUGGAUGGGAAAGGACAGAUUACCAUCAUUACAGUGCGAGCUGUGGGAGGCAGCUGUCCCCCAUAGAAGACAGGCUGCAGACCUGGCCAAGUUUCUGGCUUUCAAACGUGGAGAAGGAGCCAGCCUGCCAGCUUUGGGCAGAGCACUGUACUCCUUAUCACUUCAUAAGCUGAGCAGAGCGAGCAGCACUGGAGUGGUCAGCAGAAUAUUACCACUGCUGCUCCAAGCUGGCUGCUUAGCUGAUAACCGAGCUCUGCACAUGUCCUCUGUGCUCUACAGCGCUGGCCUGGGAGUGAAGGAGCAGCCCAAUAAGGCUUGGCUCCUGGCCCUGAUGGCAGCCCAGAAGGAUGAUCGGUUAGCUCUUCUGCAUCUUGGGCACAUGCACCAUCAGGGUGUCCAUGGCCUCCCCACAGACCCCGACCUGGCCUAUGCAUAUUAUGCAAACAUUGCUAAACAGACAACUUUAGACCGUCACAAUCACACAUCAGAGCAGACAUAUGUUGAGGCCGUUUACUUAAACAAUGAUGAGGUGUUGAGUCUCCAGACCAAUACACAUCAUCAUAUUUUCCAAUGGCUGAAACUGCAGGCACGCAGGGGAGCAGCUGAAGCAGAGCAAGCAGUUGCCCGCAUGCUGUACUGGGGUCAGCAGGGAGUGACUCCAGAUAUCCAGACUGCUGCAAGGCACUACGAACGGGGAGCUGUCCAGUGGGAGGACCCUGUGUCAAUGUAUGACUAUGGCAUAGUCCUAAUGCAUGGGCAUGGAGUUCAAAAGGACAUUCCAAAAGCUCUGACUUUCCUGAAGAAAGCAAUGGAAAAGGAUUUUGUGCCUGCAAUCAAUGCCCUGGCCUGGUAUUACGAGAAAUUUAACCAGGACUACGAGCAGGCGGUGAAGCUGUGGGAGCAGGCGGAUGAGCUCGGGAGUCCGGACGCUGCUCUGAAUCUCGCUGUCAUGCACUCACAGGGUCUGUACCCAGGAAAAGCUGCAGCCCAGUUUAUGGCUUAUCAGUACUAUCUGAAGUCUGCAGAGAGAGGGCACAUCCGGGGAGCAGUUCAACUCGCUAGCUACUGGACCACUGGGAUACCAGGCCAAGUCAACAGACGUCCAUCAGAUGCUGUUUUGUGGGCAAAGUGGGCCGCUGAGCACAAUGGGUACCUGGGCAGCAUCUUACGGAAGGCCUUGGAUUCAAAUCUCAAGAGUGACAUGUUCAGCUCGCUGUUAUAUUACAUGAUGGCUGCUGAGUCCGGGUACCCUCCUGCACAAUUCAAUGCAGCAUAUCUUUGUGAUCAGAAUAUGUUAGGUUUUCUGGAUCCUUCUUUUGCAUCAAACUGUAUGUGGAGAUAUUAUAACCUUACAAUCCAAAGUCAAAAUCCUGACCCUCAUGCCUUUAUUAGGAUGGGUGACCUGUUGUAUGAGGGGCAGAAAGAUCUGUGUUCUGCAGCAGAGAUGUACACGCGUGCAGCACUAAGGGAUGAACCACAGGGAUGGUACAACCUUGGCCUUCUCACUGCAGAGGGUUACAGGCUGCCGCUGUCAGUAUUGAUCCAACUUGGCCUUUCAGAGCUCUACAUGGCAGACAAUAGUUUGCUCCUAAGCACUUUGUACGAAAGAUGCAGAGACUCAGAAGAUACAGAUUCAUACUUGCCUUGCAGCCUCGCCCUCUUCAAAGUGCAUCUUCAAUCUUUCCAAAAAGACUACAGCACUGCUAUCACGUUCUCCACUACUGUUGCAGCAGUUGCAGCUCCAACGAUAUUCUUAAUCAUCCUUGGUAUGCUCCGGAGACAUGUCCCCUCUCCCACCUAGAGCCAAAAUUCUUCAUAGGAUGGUCUGCACAAACAAAUCUUGAAUAAAAGAGCAAACUCAACCUGCACGGCAACGGCAUCAACACAUUCUGUGUUAGUUUACAUAUGUUUACUAUCGAAUCACUGUAAAGAACAAAUGUAAAUGUUAUUAAAAAUAUAUAUCGUUUUUACCAUUUGUCCGACACGUUUUUGAGUUUGUAAAUAUUCUACUGUUGAAUAAAAGC